GAAAACAUUCAUUACGGAGGGGCACAUAAAAAGCCAAACCAAAAGCUUAACCCCGUGGCAGCAACUCUCCGCAGCGCCUCCAUAACCACUAGCCACCGCGCGAUGCGGAACUGCGAUUGAGCGCCGCCAAUCCAUCCGCCGCACAGCGCGCGAUUCUCCUCCCCUUCUUCCCCGUCGGAGAUUUUGCCGUCUUCACCCCCCCCCCCUCAAUCUCUCUCUCGUGGCACCGUAAGCAGUUGCGAAGGGAAAUGUGAACUGGAGCCUGCGAUUGGAUUGGGUUUUUGCGCACUCUUCAGAUCUCUCCGGCGCCAUUUCUAGAUCUAGGGUUUUGGAGUCUCUCCUCCGCCGCCGCCGCCUUCCUCUAUCUUCAAUGGCCGCGCCGUAUUCCUUACCCGUCACUGCUGCACAGGUUGGUUCAUACUUCGUUGGACAGUACUAUCAGAUACUACAACACCAGCCAGAAUUUGUUCACCAGCUCUACAGGAAUGCCAGCACUAUGAUUAGGAUUGAUGGCAAUGCCAAGGAGGCUGCUUCCGGGAUGCCUCAAAUCCACACACUUGUCAUGUCACUCGAUUACGCUAGGAUAGAGCUCAAGACUGCACAUUCCCUUGAAUCAUGGAAUGGCGGUGUCCUAGUGAUGGUUUCUGGCUCUGUCCAUAUAAAUGGCUUCAACGGGAAAAGGAAUUUUGUACAAACCUUUUUCCUUGCGCCACAGGAGAACGGUUACUUCAUCCUCAAUGAUAUCUUUCACUUUAUUGAAGAAGAAAUGAUAAUCCCACAUCAUGUAGCCUAUUUAAGUCAAGGCAGCAUGGAUUCCAAGAUGAUUCACACACCAACUGCAUUUCAAAAUGAAGUGUCCAAAUACAUGUUGGGGGGAGAAAUCCAGGCUAGGGAAUUUCCGCUGCCUGCAAACAUUGAAGGAAAUGGACAAUCCAAUGGAUACCAAUUUGCAGAGGAGCAGCCACAGAAGGUCUCUGAAGCUCCAAAGAUCCCUGAAGACAGUUACGUGUUGCAGUCAAAUGGUUCACUUCAGAGUACAAUGAAUCCUCCACGAGAUUACUUAUCCCCUGCAAUUGAGGAACCGUUUGCAGAACCCGAAAAACACACUUAUGCUUCUAUCGUUGCUAAAGCACCACCUGUGCAAGUCUCCAACAAGCUUGCACCUGUUUUAUCUGAGUGGCAAGAUGUAUCAGAACCCUCUACCCGGUUGGGAUCCAUGCCAUCCGAGAGGUCUGGGGAAGAAGUCGUUGAAGAAUAUGCAUCGGUGGAAGAUGAAAUGGAAGUGAAAUCAGUGUAUGUGAAAAAUGUACCAACAACGAUGGAUCCCUCUGAAAUAGAGGAAGAAUUCAAGAAGUUUGGUAAACUAAAACCUGAUGGUGUGGCUAUUAGAACACGAAAGGAUUUUGAUGCAUGCUAUGCAUUUGUUGAAUUUGAAGACAUGAUGAGUGUGCAAAACGCAAUCAAGGCAUCAUUCGUUGAAAUUAAUGGACACCAGUUAUACAUUGAAGGUAGAAGACCAAACCGAAACAGCUUAUACCGAGGAAGAGGACGUGGUAGAGGGAAGGGAAAUUACCAGACGGAUGGAAGGGUGGGAUUGGGCUUUGGUGUCCGUGGGGGGAAUAGUCACGACGGGGGUGACUACCGAUCUUCGUCCUCGAGAGGCAAUGGAUUCCACAGGCAAACUCCACGCCACGAAAGAGCUUUUUCUUAUGGUUCGAGAAAUGGACACAACAGAUCAGAUUAAUUCAUAGUUGAUGCACACUAGUAUAUUUUUUUUAGUACACGUUAUAUACUUCGUGUACGGGUGUUAUUAUAUCUACUCCCAUUUUCGCCAAAAUCACUCCUUUUACAUAUUAAAUAGACAGUUUUGUCCUUAAAAUUUUGUUUACAUUUAAACUUCCUCUUUUUUACUUUUAAGGGUAAAAUUGUCUAUUUAUCAUCGUAAAAGAGGUGGAUUUGGCAAAAAAAAUGGAAAUGGAUAUGACAACACCCUAUAUAUACAUAUGCUGGAAGUGUUUCAACAUAUUAUUGCUUUUAGCUUUUCAUAUAUAAACAUAUUCGUGGUAGGGAGUCCAUGGUUUUUUUAACCCCAAGUUUCUAAGUAUCCCAUUGUCCUGUUUAAU